CAAAAGAAAUCUAACAUUUUAAUUAGGAAUACAAUAUUUGUUGUCGUGAAGGGCAUAUCUUAUUGAUCUACAAGUCAGAUUUGUAUUGCAUAAUGAACGACGACUUCUUCUAUAUCUCUCUGUAGGGAGACAUGGAGCUCAAGUGAUCCACCUAGUAGGAGAGUUCUUCACAUUAUGACUAUCUUCACAAGAGAUCUAAGCCAUCGGAUUGUACUAUAUGUUUUAUUGCUGCUCUUCUCUUUCCAAUUUCUUUCUUGCGUAACUUGCCAGGAAGAGUUGGAAUCAGUAGAUCCCAACGGAAAAAAAGUCACGGCGGAAUCUGUAAUUGGAAUCGUUUUGCUAGCGAUGUUCCUACUAGCUUUGGUUGUUUGUUGCUUACACUACGGAUUUUUUAGUGCAGAGAUCGAGGCGGGAGGCCAUGAAGUAUUGCACAGUACAGUGAGGCGUGGGCUUGACAAGGAUGUCAUUGAGUCCUUUCCGGCUUUCCUCUAUUCACAUGUUAAAGGGCUCAAGAUAGGCAAAGGCGGAGUUGAAUGUGCAAUUUGUCUAAGCGAGUUUGAGGACGAAGAGUUGCUACGUUGGAUGCCUCCUUGUAGCCACACUUUCCAUACUAAUUGCAUCGACAUGUGGCUCUCUUCUCGGUCCACAUGUCCGGUAUGUCGUGCAAAUUUGUCUUUGAAACCUGGCGAGAGCUUUCCAUUUCUGAGCACGGAUCUUGAAAUGGGAAAUGCAGAGAGAGGCGUUCGGGAAUCCCCUGGUGAGAUAAGCUUGACAGGUAAUAGCGUGACAUGGAACAACAAUGCAAAUAGUAGAACACCUUGCUCGAGAUCUACGGGGUUAUCGUCGAGCUGGCGUAAGGCUGAGAUAUUCUUCCCUCGAUCUCAUUCAACCGGACAUUCAUUGGUUCAGCUAGGUGAGAAUCUAGAUCGAUUCACACUGCAGUUACCAGAGGAGAUGCAAAGACAACUGGUUAGCCUGAAUCUCAUGAAGAGAAGCCACAUAGCAUUACCUCGAGUCAGGAGUUCAAGACAGGGCUACAGAAGCGGAAGCGUUGGGAAUGAGAGAAGCGGCUACACUCAAGGACGGCAAACACUCAGACGAGCCAUAUCUACGUCUCUCUCUUUCUCUUUUCAAGCUGCUCCUAUUCGGUCCACAUUUGCCAGGGACAAUCUAAUGCGAGAGACUACCCAAGCUAAUGACAAACACUUUGGUGAACGGUCAUUCCAACGCCUCAUCCCAUAGAAUUCUAUCUAUUUACAUU